CUUCACACUAGAAGACCCAGAGCGCGCGUUCCGCAACGACAGACACUCUGUGGCCACUACGGCACGCCACGGAACCAGUGUGUUGUGUCAGUUCUAUUUAUUAUUUCGGUUAUUGCAGACACGCGGGCGGUUCGCUCCCUGCAGGCUCCCUCGCGCGCGCUCCAAGAGUCCAGUCAGUCCAGUUCAGUCAGUGUGUGUUGCAUAGCAAAAGGGGCAACCUUCCCCUGAAGGUAUACUGCGCGUUCUCCUGGAACGUCAGGAACCCCGCGAUAACCGGAAGUGUCCCCGUCACGCCGUCGUCUUCGCGGUCGCGGACAAGUGUGUGAGUGUGCGACCUCAUCCUCCGAGAGUACAUCACCAGACGGAAGUUGCGGCUUUUUUGGGUUUGUUUUGGAGCACAUACACACACGCACACAGCCCCGUCGUCACCCAGUCUACACACUCACGUUCAACCCCGAUAUAUAUUGCGCCCUGUUUGUUGUGUUUGUCAUCGUGGAUUUUUAUUUUCUUCCUUUGGUGCCGAAUUGCAGCAGAUUCAGUUUUCUUCAAGUGGAGGCACGAAGAAAAAUGCGUUUUGGAUUUUUCAGCGAAAAUACCACCAUUAUUCGGGACUAGAGAGAAGCAAGUUUGAUCGUUAGAGUCGGGUGCGGAAGAAGAAAAAGUCGUUACGUUGGGCUUUUUUCCUCCUUUGUUUUCGUCCUGGCCCCGUGUGGUCGAUUCCACGUCGCAGCGGCAGUGUAUGUGUGUGCUGGCCCCGUUUAGUUGCCGUUUCGCAGACCCCCGUCGUAAGGAAGAAUCUUCCGAAAUCGAUAGAGAAAGCCGUGAGGCAAAAUAGUGGCCAACCCAAGAAGCAGAAGAGGGUCACCAGUGCCGACGGCCGUGGAAAGAAAUUUUCGGUGGUUUUAGUCCCCAUUUGGCACACAAGCCUAAGGCCAAGGAUUGCCCCUGGAUGACGACAAUGCAUUGGAACCUCGGUUAAAGAACUUACGACUGCACGGAAGAAAUCAUCGCAAGACUGAGUGGAAUCAAGCUGCGUCAAAAUAAAAUCACCACCCCCAAAUUGAGCCCCCCCGCCGUGUCCGCUGGGUCAUUCCAGACCAGUGUUGUCAGCCAGCCAGCCAGCAAGCCAGCAAGCAAGAGUAGCAAGUGUGUGUGUGAACCUGAAACCCUCCUAGGCGCUAUGGAUGAGGAACUGGAGAGGAAGCUAUGAGUAGAAGAGGGCCGUUGAGGCCCCACCCAGCAGCAGCAGCAACAACGACGACGGACGGACGCCACGACGGAGGAUUGUCGCCGCUAGAGAGCAGUUGUAGCAGCAGCAGAAGCAGUAGAAGAAGAAGUGGCCGCAAGAUGGCAACAAUAGCAGCAGCAGAAGCAUCAGGAUUAAUCAGUGGUUUGAUUUCGCGUCGUAAUAGCAUGGGAAUGGGGAACGCCGGGAGGACCGGGGGGCCAAUAAGGGGUAGCAGCUCCAGGAGUGGUCGCGCCGGGUUCUUCGGGUUCAAGUUCAUGGGAGGUGGAGGAGGAGCAGGUGAAAGUAUCGGGCUUCUGCUGUUGGCUGGCCUGCUGCUGGUUCUGGUCGCCGGUGGAGACGUCGUGUGGGCUGAUGAGCAGCAUGGGGAGACGACGGAACCGACGACACCGGAGCCUUUUGGAUAUUUUGAUUAUGAUUUUAACCCGUCCAAGCGGGGCCCGCUCAAGUUUGGUGACAGGUGCGAGAGCACCACUGAGUGUGGCUUCGCCGGAUCCGUCUGCGAUGCGACCCUGCGCACAUGUCAGUGUACUUCCGACCUGCCGGCGACGAACCACAUCGACAAGUGCGGGAAAAUGGCUCAGGUGAACGGCAGCUGCUUCUUCACCGAGCAAUGCGAGCAGAUGACCGAGCAGACCGAGUGCCGCGACGGCCGCUGCAUCUGCCGGUUCGAGAUGAACCCCAUCUUCAAGCCGGACGGAACUGUCGAGUGCCGAGGUACCGUGAACCGACCCAUCGUGACGGAACGGUAUGUCGACCCGACCAUGAUCGCCGUGCUGGUGGCCAUGGCCGUCAUGUUCAUCAUCAUCUGCGUCGUCCUGCGGCUGUUCAGCAAGGCCCGUUGGCGCGAUAACCGGACCAUCUUCAACACGCCGAACCCGCGCCUGAUGAACGUGUCGCUGCUGCGCGACAACAAGCUGCUCCACGGCCAGGAACGUCGCGGCUCGCGGAUGUCCGUUCGGCUACCGUCCCGCCAACCGAGCAUGGCCUCGCUGCGUCCCCACUCGCCGAACGCGUCGAUAGGUAAGCUAGCAGGUUCCCGGCGGGGCUCGCGCGGCAGCAGCAACGCAUCGGCGACCUCGACCCGCUCGAACCGCAGCCAGCACGCCAAGGACAACGGAACGGCCGCCCACUCGACCGCGACCAACUCGCACCAGAACGAGAGCGUCACCGUGGAGAUUGCGGAAAUUCGCUCGUAAGCUGAUGAUGAUGAUGAUGACCACAAUUUUAAAACGGAACCAUGACUCGGAACGAUAUCAACUGCAGUACUAGAACGGAGACGUAAAAAAUUUCAGUCGCUAGGGACCACUUUAAAACAGCGGAAACGAGUUUCAGAACAUUCAAAUAAAAGUAAAACUUAAAGGAAGUAGAACACGAAACCAAUUAAAGAAAAAUUAAAUACUAGAAAUGCCACUUAAUCUGAAGUACAGAAGUGAUCUUUUAUGAAAGUGAGAACCGCUAAUCCUUACACAGUUGCUUAACUCUCUAAUAAGAAAAAAACAAGAAACAAAACUAAAUUACGGACAACGUGAGAGGGAGGUCUUUCGCACCAGCAAAACCUAAAAAAAAUGAAACUCGAGAGGAACAACGCAGCAAAUAUGAAAAAUCGAAUUUUAGAGUCUUAUAGCUAUUUCUAGAAGGAAAAAAAAAAACAAACCUUUCAGUAGCAUCUUCCAACCAGAAUAAAAACCGCAGCAACCCAUUUUCCACCACCCCCUCCUGGUGGAAAUUUUAAAAUGGACUAAUAAACACAAAGGUGGUACUAGAAUUUAGCCGCAGUAGGCGCGGCGCGUAUCGUCAUUAAAUGCGAAGAAUCAUCGUCAUAUCCGUAGUUGCGAAGAGGAGAAAAGUGAAAUUUUAACCUAGCGCUCCCCCCGUUGGAGGUAGUAGAACGGGCGCGCACGCGCCCACCUGUCAAAGCGAUUAAAAUACCUUUUAUUUUUAAAAUUUAUUUUGUUUCUCACUUGUCAACUUUUAAAAGAGCAUAAUCCAGAGGUUACAUUUUACCAGUUAGCGGUCAUAAUCCAGAAAAAAGCAAGCCUAGCAGUUAUAUUUCCAAAAUAAUCCGUAGCGAGAGCACAGCUCUAGUACUUCUCUCCAGCAAAUCCCGAGUAGACGGCGUUUCCACUCGCUGGAACAUAUCUUGUUAAAAAUAAAUAAAACUCAGUAGUUGCGGCAAACACAUGGUUUUUGGUUUUAAACAAGUUCUUUUCUAAACAUUUUAAAGGAAUUUAGUUUUCCACUAGCAGUAGCGUACGAGCGGUGCAGCUUCUAGAGAGCACAAAUUUAGCGGAGAUGAUUGAAAAAAAAAACACGCGCAAAACAGAAAUGACAAUCUAAUAAUUUAUGAGAGAAAGCAAAAUCAAAAGAACGAGUGUGGAAUCGUAUAAACAUGGGGCGGAAUGCCACAAUAAUUCAGACACAUUCAGGUAGAUUUUGAAGUAGUGCGGUAGCCUCUUUGAAUUCUACGAAAAUAACCAGAUCAAAAUAAUUAAAUAACACAAACAAAAACAGAAGUCAGAUGACGGCGACACCGUCGAUCGAGCCCAAAACAGUGGGAUGACAGCAAGGAUUAUUAAGGAAUGGCACCACGAUUUUACUUCUACUUAUAUAGCGAUUAGUGAAGAAAGGUGAGAAAGGCUAGCGCGUAAUAAAAAAACAUGAUGUGUAAAAAAUGCAUUGAAAUAACACUAACUAGACAUAAACAAUAUGACUGCUUUACACAUAGUGUCUGAAAAAAAAGAGAGAAAAUCCAAAGACGACGUCGAAAACAGGCAGAAAGUGCAAAAUCGCUAUAAUUCAAUAAUAUCUCUAAAAGAACUACUUUUGAUAAUGUUACCCAAAAAAACAUACUUUCUAAUGAAAAGUCUUCAGUUUACGGCUGAUUUUAACACGGCUUUUGUUAGAAUUUACUUAAUAUAAAAAAUAGAAAAUACCAAGAAAAAAAAACAACUCUAUCUACAAUGGAGAGCGCAUGUGAUAUUACAAACGAAGCGAAAAAUAAAUCUAAUAACUCUUGCCUGAAUAGCCAAGACUAGCAAAUUUCAUCUUCUCACAAAAUUUUGUUCUUUUCCAACGGUAACAGCGGACAAGUGUCGUCCACUUGCAGAAACGGAGCGCCAUCCCACGGAAUGUUUCUCUCAAAAUAGGGGAAGAUUUUUUGAGAAAUAUUUCGCCCUUUGAAGCUUCAAGCGAAGGACGCACAUGCUAGCCGGAACACAGUUUGUUAAUUUUUCCGCACAUGAUGAUACUCACAUAAAAGAACACAACAUUUAAAAAAAGGUAGUAAUAUAAUUAAAUCUAGAAAUGAAAGCCAAUAUUUGAGCGCAUAUUUUUAGAAUCCCCCAUACCCUGCUUCUGUUUGUGCUAUAAGUUAAGGUCCGUUUAUCCCAUAGUGUGAUUUUUUCAUCUUGUUUAGUAAGUAAACGACCAAACAAACCAAGAACAUAAAUGCUUUAAUUGAUGGUACGUAGUUUAGCUGAAAAAAAAAAGAACUAACUUAAACCUAAUGACAAAUAGUAAGCUUUCCUAGAACUUAAACCAAACCAGAGAUUAAAUGAUGAAAACAAAGUGUAGUCUUAAGAGAACAAAGUUUGAUUUACGCUGCACGAUGCUGCAAACGCACCAGAAACCAUUUUCGUUCCAUAGAACAUGACUUUAACCAAACAAAUUUCAAACAAAAUAAACCUUUUUCGUAACGACAUUUGAAUGUUUGCAAAAGAGCACUCCCUUUUUAAUCGUACCAACCAGAAGAAGAAAAAGAAGAAGAAUAAAAUGUAACUCUUUAAAACAAUUUCUAUUUUGACACACUCACAAAUGUGUUACGAAUGCAAAGAAUUAUAAACAUCCACUAAAGAAUAGUUAAUAGCUGAUAAGAGAGAUAAAAUACGCAAAAAUAGAAGAUGAAAAAUACACACACAAAUAAAAUACUUAGAGAAACGAACAGAAUAGCUUGAGAUAUUAAAACAAAGCAAAAACAAACACACUUGAAAAUCUAAAGAAAAGAACUUUACACAAAGACAACUAGAACGAUUUCAUCGAGUUUAAAACGUUAGAAUUUUGAAAUUUGGGGAAGAAUUUCAAAGUUAUUACGUUUUGCUCCAACUCAAAAAGGCGAAAGCGAACAACUUAGAGUUUUAGCGUAGAACUUAACGAUAGGGCGUACUUUAAAUUAGUAGAUGUUUUUUCCAGUAACUUUAACCACUUUCACACACAAACAUUUACAUUAAAUCCAUUCGCUCAUAUUGAUAAAUAGCGCACACUUGCAUAUAGGGCCGAGCAUCCUUCACCGCGAAUACACCCAAAGAAUUAGCAAACAACAAACAAAAUAAGUCUAGAAAACAUUGAAAAGUAAAAUAAAAUAAUAAAACUGAUAGUGAAAGUUGUGACAUUAGUGUAGCGUAAUAAUGACACGAAAAUAUAAGGUGAAAGAAUGCAAACACGUGAGAUGCGCCGUUAUUUACUAACAAAACUCUAAAAAAAAACGCUAUCAAAAACUAUUUUCUACAAACUAUUAAAAGAACGCAAACCAAAAAAAAAAAGUGAAUUUAAAAUCUUGAGACUAUUCUUGUUCUAUCCUCUAUUUACUAAGAAGACAUUGGAAACGCAAA